AGAGAGAGAGUGGACACGGGGGAAAGACGUUCUUAAAUCCCCCCUCUCGGAACCCCAGCGACUCGAGAUGCGAGCGGUGAUAUUGGUCGAUGACAUGAUGAAGAGCAGGCCUUAACGUCUCGAGUGACAUCUCCGCGGACCCGGUACCGACAGGCUACCACGCGGCACCGAUGAUGUGAGGGUCAUUUUAGAAUAGGGAAAAGAAAAAAAAACAUGGUUUUAGUGCCAUUCAUAUUCUGAUGACAGGCUGAUGUAAACAAAACGUUAGAGUAGACUGGGGGGCAUAUAGGCCUAAAGUACAAAAAUAAUCCUAACUUUUUUUUACUCGCUAAACUUUUUUAUUUGUAUUAUUAUUUGUUUGAACGAAUGUUAUUCAUGCCCACGGGACGGUAAUAUCAUUUAACGGUUGGGAAACCGAAUCGGACACGACGCAGCCUUUUCCGGUCCGGCCAUGACCUCGGUCACGCCCCCCUCCUCCGAGGACUCCUCCCCCCAGAAGCUCUGCCACUCCACGACGCAGACCGACGUCACCAAGCCCCUCCUGGGCCCCUCGGGGCCGGGAGCCGAGACCAACAGCACGGGGGCCGACAGCGCGGGGGCCCUCCGCAGGCGGCGGCGCGUGCUCUCCAAGGACGGCCGCAGCAACGUCCUGAUUGAGCACGUGAGCGGCCGCGGCGCGCUGUACCUGCGCGACCUCUGGACCACCUUCCUGGACAUGCAGUGGCGCUACAAGCUCUUCCUGUUCUCCGCCACCUUCGCCGGCACCUGGUUCCUGUUCGGCCUGCUCUGGUACCUGGUGGCCCUGGUGCACGGCGACCUGCUGGAGUUCGACCCCCUGCCGUCCAACCACACGCCCUGCGUGAUGGAGAUGAGGACUCUGACAGGAGCCUUCCUCUUCUCCCUGGAGUCCCAGACCACCAUCGGCUACGGCUUCCGCUGCAUCACGGAGGAGUGUCCCCACGCCAUCAUCCUCCUCAUCGUCCAGCUGGUCAUCACCAUGGUGAUGGAGAUCUUCAUCACCGGCACCUUCCUCGCAAAGGUGGCCAGGCCAAAGAAGAGGGGCGAGACGGUGAAGUUCAGUCAGUACGCGCUGGUGUCCAACUACCAGGGCCGGCCCUGCCUCAUGAUCAGAGUGGCCAACAUGCGCAAGAGCUUGCUGCUGGGCUGCCAGGUGACGGGGAAGCUGCUCCAGACGUCGCUGACCAAGGAGGGCGAGACGGUGCGUCUGGACCAGCAGAACGUCCCCUUCCAGGUGGACACCUCCAGCGACAGCCCCUUCCUCAUCAUCCCUCUCACCUUCUACCACGUCAUCGACCACACCAGCCCCCUGCGCCCCUGGGCCAGCAAAGGGGUGAGCUGGUCAGGGCCGGAGCUGGCCGACUUUGAGCUGCUGGUUAUCCUGAGCGCCACGGUGGAGCCCACCUCCGCCACCUGCCAGGUGCGCACCUCCUACCUGCCCGAGGAGAUCAUGUGGGGCUACGAGUUCCCGCCGGUUGUCUCCCUGUCGCCCUCGGGGAAAUACGUGGCCGACUUCGCCAUAUUCGACAAGGUGGCCAAGGCUUCGUCGCCGCCCCUUUUCCAGCGGGACACCCGUUGCCCCAGCGACAAGGGAGGAGGGGAGGAGCCCCCCGAGAAGGUGCGCCUGGAGGAGGACUACAAGGGGGAGGAGAAGGGGAGGGGGAAGGAAAAGGGGGAGAGGGGGCGGGGGGGGAGGAACAGCAGCCCCCACAGUGUGCGCAUCAGCAAUGUGUAGAGGGAGAGAGAGAGAGAGAGAGAGCAAACGAGACCGAGAGAGAGAGAGAGAGAGAGCGAGAGAGAGAGAGAGAGAGCGAGAGAGAGAGAGCGAGAGAGAGAGAGAGAGAGCGAGAGAGCGAAAGUAAACAAGAGCGAGCAAGAGGGAGCGAGAGAGCGAGAGCAAGAGAGCGAGAGCGAGAGAGCGAGCAUGCAAGAGAAAGAGAGAGAGAGCGAGCGAGCUAAAGAAAGAGAGAGCGAGCGUGCUAGAGAGAGCGAGAGAGGAAACUAAAAAGGGAGUUAUACUUUAACUAAAGUAACACACAAACACACAAGCAUACAAACACACACACCUAUGUACUGAGUCUUUGGUACAAGCUACACCGGCCUUUCACACAUAGUCCUAUUACAUUACAUUGUCCUAACGUAACAAUUAACAUCUUCCUUAUUGUAAGGAGCUUGGUUAUAGUCACUGCAUCCAGGUUUUACUUGGAUCUAAAAAUACCCGAUCACAUCACUGUUCUGUUUAUAUAUAUACACAUAUAUAUAAUACAUAUAUAAAUAAUUAGAUAUGCAUAAAUAGAUAUAUAUAUUUUUGAGUUUAGCCAAUAUAUUGUUGGACCAAACCUGUAAAUGGUUGAGACACUGGAGAUAUUUCUUGGUACUUUAAGGAAGACUAGGCUCACUAAAGAGCUUCAACGAAUGUAGCUCAGCGGACAUGCUCAUAGUCUGUUUCUAACUACGGCCAAAUAUAUGAAGCCUCUCUCACGUUUUUUAUGUACUGAAACAGGUGCAGUAACACGAUAAUACUACUAAAAGUACCGCUACUUGAGAAAUGUGACUACUCCCCAGGACGGUAACGACACUAAAUACUAAUACUUUUUUGCACUGUGUCUGAUUAUGUGUGUAUAAUGGUGUGUUCCCGAAAUCCUCGGAUGCCAGCCCUCGAGUUGCGCUUUUGACCUCACUUCCGGUCUCGGAGCAUUUACAGCGUUUCGGUUUGUCUUUGUGAUUGUGUCAUGAAAUUGUCUAGUCGUUGUUUAUUGUUGGCUACAUUAGCCUCUUCAGCAAACCAGCCCGAAAACAAACGACAUAACUUUACAUUGUAUUACACGCACAGCAAAACCAUGCAAUGUAUAAAUUGGUGACCGGAAUAAAGUAGCAAUGUAAUCAAGUGUGUAAGAGCAUUUAAUAUCGACAUUAAAAUGACCAACGUGGUACAUGGGGCGUGCCUUCGAGAAAUGCCGCAAGAAAGCUGGGACUUCGACUUUCGACUCGGAAGUCUGGCGUCCGAGGAUUGAGGAACACAUCAUAAAAAAUGUGUGGAUGUAUGUGUAUGCUAGCUGCGUUUGUUUGCGUGUCUGCGUUUGUGAGUGUGUUGUUUGUGUGUCUGUCUGAUUGUGUUUCUGUCUGAGUGUGUGUGUGAGUUUGAAAGUGUCUGUGGUUUCACAAUGUCCAUAUGAACAUUCUGUGAAAUGUUCUCCUUCAGCCUUCAUGUGUGUGUGUUUUAACAUAUGCAUGUCCUGUGUAUAUCAUGUAUAAACAUAUUGUUGUUUGCUCAUGUGCUUGGAAACAACGUUGCUCUUUCCCAGAGGGCAACAUUAACAGUUGUUCAAAGCACAACGGCAGCUGUUUCCUUUACUCUUUUUACUACUGUCAGACAGAGAUACUCACAGACUGUUGAACACGUGGGGAACCAACUGCUGCAUUUAUGAGUGACGUCACACGCAGUAUGGAAUCACUGUGUGUGCAAAUCAAUUUUUAAGGUUUGAAUUUUUAAGUGAGCUCCACUUUUCAGUUUUGAUAUUCCCGACAGAGCCGAGUCUCUGUCUGAUGCGUGACUGGAGACAUGUUUUUCGAAGUUACAUAUGACUUGUCAUUAAUAGCAGAAGUCCACUUUUCUAAUUGCCAAGUGCCUUUUAAUAAACAUCCAUAAUUUACCAAUA